AUAUGACUUGCCCAUUUGUGAAUUUGGCUCCCCAACUCCUCGCUUCACUUCACCUGUGCCUCCCAGUUCUGUGCACUUUGCUGGCGCCAGCCUGCCUCUCGGCCACCUCUGCUGCCUGCGGGCACCUCCUCUCUGGCUCUCCCUGCUGGCUCACCCACCUCUCUCUGCCCUGUGCCACGUUGGUUUGGGUGGCUGCUCUGCGCUGGGUUCCUCUUCCUCUCCUCUUGCUCUCUGGUCCUCCUUGUUCUCUUCCUCCGGCUACGACUGCUGCUGCUGCUACUGUUUUUCGUCCAGUUGGGAAACCCGGGAAGCAGGCGGAGGCUCCGCGGAGCUCUUCCAGAAAGUGCAGGGUUAACAGCCUCAGUGCCCUUCCGCCAAGACUCCGAGAAACACGAGAAGAACUCUCCCACCUGCAGCCCCCUUUUGCUUUCUGUUCUGCAUUGCAUCGCUUCGAAGUGGGAAAAGGAAAAAAAAAAUGUUCAAACUGCUUGGAUGUUGGGAUAAACUAACCUGAACCUACUUGGGUGUCCUGCCGCCUCCUCUUCUUCCUUCAUUUCCACCUUUCCUCUAUGUGGCUCACCGGAGUGUGCAGUUAAGCCAUCAGACCUGAGGUGCCUAGAGAUCAGGAGGAAGCCGAGGGCCUCCCCUGACAUGUUUGGCAUUACAGGGCUCCCUAGGAGGGUUACUAUACCUGGGUGGACUUUGGCAUCCUAAAUUUAAGCCCCGGAAAACGGGGGCUUUUGCCUUCUCUCUUAUUAUUUUUUUAAAUAGUAUCUUUUUUUUUUUUUUUUAACUGAUUCAUCACCUGUUUAGAAAGCGCUUAUUCCUCCCCUCUUUCCAAAAUUCGGACAAGUCUUCCUCCUGCUAUGAUGGGCCCCUGGGCAUCAUGAACUUCAUUAUUCCUCACAGGCUGGAAUUCAAACUGCCCAUCUGUAGUGGUCCAGUGCGUUGACCAUGCACCUGAGAAUCCACCCAAGACGGAGCCCUCCCCGCCGGCCGGCCUGGACGCUUGGGAUCUGGUCCCUCUUCUGGGGAUGUAUCAUCAGCUCUGUGUGGAGUUCCUCUAAUGUAGCUUCCUCCUCCUCCUCCUCUUCCUCGCCGGGGUCUCACUCUCCGCAGGAGCACCAUUCCCAUGGCAGCAAGCAUCACUCAGUGCCUAUUUCUAUCUAUCGUUCCCCUGUUUCCCUGCGAGGAGGGCACGCGGGCGCCACGUACAUCUUCGGGAAGAGCGGAGGCCUCAUCCUGUACACCUGGCCGGCCAACGACAGGCCCAGCACGCGCUCGGACCGCCUCGCCGUGGGCUUCAGCACCACCGUGAAGGAUGGCAUCUUGGUUCGCAUCGACAGCGCACCGGGUCUUGGUGACUUCCUCCAGCUUCACAUAGAACAGGGGAAAAUCGGAGUUGUCUUCAAUAUCGGCACAGUUGACAUCUCCAUCAAAGAAGAGAGAACCCCAGUAAAUGACGGUAAAUACCACGUGGUCCGCUUCACCAGGAACGGCGGCAACGCCACACUGCAGGUGGACAACUGGCCAGUGAAUGAGCAUUACCCCACAGGCCGGCAGUUAACCAUCUUCAACACCCAGGCGCAAAUAGCCAUUGGCGGAAAGGACAAAGGACGCCUCUUCCAAGGCCAGCUCUCUGGGCUUUAUUAUGAUGGUUUGAAAGUACUGAACAUGGCGGCUGAGAACAACCCCAAUAUUAAAAUCAAUGGAAGUGUCCGGCUGGUGGGAGAAGUCCCAUCAAUCUUGGGAACAACACAGACGACCGCCAUGCCACCAGAAAUGUCUACAACUGUCAUGGAAACCACCACUACCAUGGCCACUACCACAACCCGCAAGAAUCGCUCAACAGCCAGCAUUCAGCCAACAUCAGAUGACCUUGUAUCAUCUGCUGAAUGUUCAAGCGAUGAUGAAGACCUUGUUGAAUGUGAGCAGAGUCAAGGAGGUGAAUUAGUUAUCCCUCUUCUUGUAGAAGACCCUUUAGCUACCCUUCCUAUUGCUACUCGUGCACCUUCCAUUACACUCCCCCCUACCUUUCGCCCCCUCCUCACCAUUAAUGAGACCACCAAAGAUUCCCUGUCCAUGACCUCUGAGGCGGGGUUACCUUGCUUGUCGGACCAUGGCAGCGAUGGUUGUGAUGAUGAUGGCUUGGUGAUAUCUGGGUAUGGCUCAGGGGAAACCUUUGACUCUAACCUGCCCCCUACUGAUGAUGAAGAUUUUUACACCACCUUCUCCUUGGUAACAGAUAAGAGUCUUUCCACUUCAAUCUUCGAAGGUGGCUACAAAGCACAUGCGCCCAAGUGGGAAUCCAAGGACUUUAGACCUAACAAAGUCUCGGAAACUAGUAGGACUACUACCACAUCUUUGUCCCCUGAGCUGAUCCGCUUCACCGCUUCCUCCUCGUCUGGGAUGGUGCCCAAAUUGCCAGCUGGCAAAAUGAAUAACCGUGAUCUCAAACCCCAGCCUGAUCUAGUCUUGCUCCCGUUGCCCACUGCCUAUGAGCUAGACAGCACCAAACUGAAGAGCCCACUAAUUACUUCCCCCAUGUUCCGUAAUGUGCCCACAGCAAACCCCACGGAGCCGGGAGUCAGACGGGUUCCGGGGGCCUCAGAGGUGAUCCGGGAGUCGAGCAGUACCACAGGGAUGGUCGUCGGCAUUGUGGCCGCUGCCGCGCUCUGCAUCUUGAUCCUCCUGUACGCCAUGUACAAGUACAGGAACAGGGACGAGGGGUCCUACCAGGUGGACGAGACGCGGAACUACAUCAGCAACUCGGCCCAGAGCAACGGCACGCUGCUCAAGGAGAAGCAGCCGAGCUCCAAGGGCGGCCACAAGAAGCAGAAAAACAAGGACAAGGAGUACUACGUGUGAAGGGGCCGCCGCUCGCCCGCCGGCAUCCCAGCAGUGAUUUCCACAGCCGUCCCCACAGACUUGGAAAGUGAGAUUUCACAGAUGUCGGACCUGUUCCAACCACGAGGUGGGGUCUACCCCGUGACUACGGUGGGGAAAACCGUUUCUCAAAGGACACGCACCAAGAGGCAUCGGCCUGUUCACAGUUCCGCCGAGGCUGCUCUGCGGCGGUCAGCGCCCGGAGCCCAGUCCUUUCUGCCCUGCUGGACCAUGAAGCACACGCUGUGCGCUCGGCAGCCAGCAGGGGGCCCCCUGCGCUCGCGGACUCGGGGGCUUCCUGCUCGCCAGGACCUUCCAGCCAAGGUAGAAGACUUCCUGGCUUACUUGUUCCAUAACUCCAAGUGAGUCUGUAACAAUGUUUGUGAAGCUUGACUGUAACGAUGUUUCUUUUUUUGUUUGUUUGUUUAAUUCUGUAAAAAACAAAAAAAAAACAGAGAAAAAAGUUAAAAAAAACAAAAACAAAACAACAACAAAAAAAUAUCACCCUUAUCUGGUUCUGGCCAGUGUGUGUAACUUUUCAAGAUCUGAGGGGAAAAAGUGGCUUUUGGGUUUUUGUUUAUUUUUGGAGGAUGACUGGACCAACGUUAAGAAGAAGAGGAAAAAAAAAAAAAAAGCAGAAAACUAAAGUGAGAGAGACUAUUGCCAUAUGAACUCAAAAGCUACCAUGGUGUUCACUCUACAUAUCAGGUUGUGGUGUUUUUAGACUCUGUUGUUUGUUUCCUAUACGAUGCUUUGCUGAACACAUAGCAAAAUCAUGACGGGUGAUACUGUUGAUUUGAAAAGCUGGUCCCUCAGGAUCUAAUUCCAGAAUUGGCUACCCACACCCUGAAUAGACCGGGUUAGGGCUGGUUCCACAGAGCUAUUAGGUUCACUGAACAAUAGUGUUCCUGUCCAUUAGCCCAGCCAAAGGGUAGCCAAGUUGAAAGCCCCACAGACUAAAACCAAGCCUUUCCUACAGAAGGGGAAGGGAGGGGGUGGGCUGGAUCUGUGACUGACUGAAAUGCAUGCAAAUAGAGAAGAAGAAACAAUACUAAAAGUCUGUUAAAUAAUCAAAACAGACAGUAGGGGAGUUCAACUUGUGAUGGAACCCACAAAAGGUCACACAAGCCAAACAUGGCAUGAAGAGAGUGCAAAAUACAUAGUUCUUUCCCCGCCCCCAACGUGAUAAUGUUUUUUUCAUUGUGGUUUAAUUUUGUAGCCUGACACUUACGGAUAACUCUAUCCUUCCAUUUGCUCAUGUCUCCCUCCGCCCAUCUUUUCUAAAACUAAAUACAUAAAUAACAAAUGAAUAAAGCUGCUGUGACACACAAAAAAAGGAAUUUAAUAGUAUAAUAUAUAUAAAUAAAUAUAUAUACAGAUAUAUUUAUCAUGGUAUGUUUGAUGGGAUGACUGAAACAGGAAACCUGUUCAAGUCUUGAAGUAGAAUGAGAAUGUUGUUUUAAAAGAAAAUAACAAAACAACAAAACAGUAAACCUUAAAAUGUGAAGCAAGUGUGAGUUUUAGUUUUGUCACAGUUAACUGUGUCAAAGAGAAUUAAAAAAAAAAAAACUUCUCAGAUUUUGUUUACAUAUUUUACUACAUUUUUGCUGGUAUAAUUCCUUAGCCACCUAUAUAUAUAUAUAUACUGCUUUAAGAACUGUUCUUUCCUUGCUAUUUGUUUACCUCAGUUGUUUGGUUUGUAUUCCAGUUGUCUUUCUUUCUUUUUGUAAAGAGGAAACAAUGUACAGAGAAACAAUAAAUUGGUUGUGUGGCCAUAGCUAUCCAAAAGGCAAGAGACACAGCAAGACAAAUAGUCACACACAAGUGAAGUGUGUCUUCUGGAUGGGUCAGAUAUAUAUGAUUUCUUUUGUACAGAUGAAAAUCAAUCAGCUGUUUAGAUUUAGAAAUCUACUCUUGCUGGUCUUUGUAAGUUGCAUGAAUAUUUGACUUUGAAAAAAAUACCUUGAUGAAAUGGGGCAAAAAGCGCAAUCUCAACAAUGGUAGCCUUUACUAAUGUGUAUGGAAAGAGGUGUUCCUCAUUAUUUGAUAUUUCAAUGUGUUAAGAGUUUUGGAUUUUUUCUUUUCUUUUCUUUUUUUUGGUCAUUAAGAAAGACAGGAUUAUAAAGAGAGAUCAAAGCACGAUUUUAGAUAACCUAAAUGGCCCAGCCUAUAUGAAGUUGAUUAUAUCUCGAUGUCUUUAAAAGAUUGCUGUUCUUGGAGUCUUGAGGUCUUGUGAAUUGAUUUUCUGCCUUUUUCUUUACAUUUUUUAAAAAUUUGAGUAAAGAUACAUUUGUUAUAUUCCUUUUAGUGUAAGUUCUAUUUGGACAAUUUUAUGGGAACAUGUGCAUUCUGUAUGUGAGCUUCUAUCAUAUUCCUGUUGUUUUAUGAACAGACUCUUAAGGAAUUUAUUUUAUGAUGUUGUGACGUUACUGCUUUUUUUUUCCUUUUCUCUUUUAUUUCAUAUUUGCAUUUUCGUUCAAGGAUAUGCUUAGCAAUAAAAUGUUCUUCCCAAAACCUUGUAUGAUGAUGCAUUUUUUUAUUUUCUAAACAUUUGGUAAAAGAUCUCAGAAUGAAGCUAAACAUGUCAGAUCUUAUUAAAAGUAAGCUAGAAGUACUUUCUUGUGAAAUAAAAGAUUCUAAUCAGAUACUUACAUAAGCUUGUCAAAUGUGGCAUAUUUUUGGGCUAAACAAUUUGGUCUGUCAACCAAAGCAUUACUUAGAUUGCUUCGAUAGAGUAAACAAGAAAGAAAACACUUUUCUUAACAGGUAAGGUGACAAAACCAUUCUAUUCUGGAAAAUAUUAUUGGAUUCUGUG